GAACGCGGACAUGAAGCGCACUCAUUGUGCGCCAAGGACCACGACGGUCCGGAGUGGCGGGGAGUCAGAAGAGAAGACUUGAACCGGGACCUUCUCUCUCUCUCUCUCUCUCUCUCUCUCCCUCUCUCUCUCUCUUGCACCUGAGGGGGGAAACAUGCGAUGUGACAGCGAUUCGGCCGCGCGUGCUUCACUUUUGCCUUCGCCAACACCUCCGGGGAGUUCACUCUCACCUUCCCGUGGUCCUGCGCGUCGACGAGGAGGCGAUGUUUAGGCGCAGGCUGCCGGCACCGCAGUACGGACGCGUGUGUGUCGGUGCUCGACAACGUGCGUGAAGACAAAAGUAGCGACGAGGAGCCCCGCGAACGUAGUGUUCGGCUCGAGAAAGCGAAACGCCGCGCGCGCCGGGUUGAGUCUCUUUUUCCUGCGAUCACUCACCUGUGCGCCUCGGGUUUUUUUUGUGUGUGUGUGUGUUGAUGUUGCGGAACCGCGUGCGGUAAAAAAAAAAAAAAAAGUAAGGGCGAAGAUGCAGGUGAAGAAGCAGCGGGACGCGGGCCGGAGCGGCGUGGACACGCUGGAAGGAGACGGCCCGCGCAAAAACUCCUCGUGCUUCUCGAACAUCAAGAUAUUCCUGAUCUCGGAAUGCGCCCUCAUGUUGGCGCAGGGCACCGUGGGAGCGUACCUGGUGAGUGUGCUGACGACCCUGGAGCGGCGGUUCAACCUGCAAAGUGCCGACGUAGGAGUGAUAGCCAGCAGCUUCGAGAUCGGGAACCUCGCUCUGAUCCUGUUUGUCAGCUACUUCGGGGCCAAAGCGCACCGCCCCCGUCUGAUCGGCUGCGGGGGAAUCGUCAUGGCGCUCGGCGCCCUUCUCUCAGCUCUGCCGGAGUUUUUGACCAAUCAGUAUGAGAUAGUGAAAACGCGGAGGACCGAGGUGGGUCGGGACGUUUGCUCCAACACCAGCAGCAUCGACGCCCAGCUGGCUGAGGACGCGCUGUGCGACAACAGGACCAACACCAACAUGAUGUACCUGCUGCUGAUCGGAGCCCAGGUCCUGCUGGGGGUUGGAGCCACACCUGUGCAACCUCUGGGGGUGUCCUACAUCGACGAUCACGUGAAGAAGAAAGACUCAUCACUCUAUAUAGGGAUCCUCUUUUCUACUCUGGUGUUCGGGCCGGCCUGUGGUUUUAUCCUUGGCUCCCUGUGUACCAAGUUCUACGUGGAUGCUCUCUUCAUUGACACCGACCGGCUGGGCCUCACUCCAGAAGACCCGCGAUGGAUCGGCGCCUGGUGGGCCGGCUUCCUGCUGUGCGGUGCCUUACUCUUUUGCUCGGCUCUCUUCAUGUUUGGUUUCCCUCAGUCACUGCCGACCGGCGAGAGGGAGGAGGGGCCUGAGAGCGAGCAGGUCAUGCUCCCUCCCUCCGCCACUGCCGACUACGAGACCCAGAAGGCCAGCAAUGGGGUUGCACACAACCACGAGCCUGCCAACAGCCCCACCUGCUGUCAGCAACUCAGGGUGAUCCCAAACGUGACCAAGCACCUCCUGUCGAACCCGGUGUUCACCUGCAUCGUCCUGGCGGCCUGCAUGGAGAUCGCCGUCGUGGCCGGCUUCGCCGCCUUUCUGGGGAAAUACCUCGAGCAGCAGUUCAACCUCACCACAUCCUCCGCAAACCAGCUGCUAGGCAUGACAGCCAUUCCAUGUGCAUGUCUGGGGAUCUUCAUGGGCGGUCUGCUGGUGAAGAAGCUGAACUUGUCGGCGCUGGGAGCCAUCCGCAUGGCCAUGCUGGUCAACCUGAUCUCCACGGCCUGCUACGUCUCCUUCCUGUUCCUGGGCUGCGACACCGGCCCCGUCGCAGGGGUGACGGUCACGUACGGCAACGAGACGCUGCGAGUGGGCGAGAAACCAGAUGCUCCAUGCAUCAGUAAGUGCAACUGCUUCACCUCCUCCAUCAGCCCCGUGUGCGGCUCCAACGGCGUCACCUACCUGUCUGCCUGCUUGGCCGGCUGCACCCAGACGAGCAGCUCUCGGACCACGUCGAACAUCCUCCAGAACCUGACAGGAUGCGCAUGUGUAUCCUCGAAAAGCGAGCUGGCCACAGCCGUUCCGGGCAAAUGUCCGAUGCCCGGCUGCCAGGAGUCUUUCCUCAUCUUCCUGUGCGUGAUCUGUGCCUGCAGCCUGGUCGGAGCCAUGGCCCAGACGCCGUCUGUCAUCAUCCUAAUCAGGACUGUGAGCCCCGAGCUGAAAUCGUAUGCACUUGGAGUGUUGUUUCUUUUGCUGCGGCUCCUCGGAUUCAUCCCCCCUCCUCUGGUAUUUGGUGCCGGGAUCGACUCUACUUGCCUGUUCUGGAGUUCAGACUGCGGCGAUCGGGGCGCCUGCCUGCUGUACGACAACGUGGCCUACAGGCAUCUGUACGUGAGCCUCGCCAUCAUGCUCAAGGGCGUGGCCUUCCUCCUCUACGCCACCACGUGGUAUUGUUUACGCAGGAAUUACAAAAAGUACAUCAAAAGUAACGAGGGCUACAUGACGGCGACCGAGUUUUACCCCUCGCUGACGGACGGCCCCAAGCUGGUCGACCGGACAAAGUUUAUAUACAACCUGGAGAACCACGAGGUGUGUGAAAACAUGGAGUCCGUUUUAUAGUUCUAGACAACGUGGACUUUCGUAUUCCCUCAAAAGAAUAUAUAUAUUUUUUAAUUUCCUCCAAAGGAUAAAAAUGAGUUGUUUUUGAUGGUGGCCCGUCGCAGGUGGCGUUGCGCCUCCACGUCUUCGGUAAGCGCUCCGGGGGCCCGUCGUAGUCGUUUACGCGUCAGCGAGGUGUCGUCCAGUGCCGCCGGGGAAUUCCUGCGUCCGCCCCGGUGGCAGAGGAAAGACUAAAGCACUUGUCCGGCUCAGUCCUAGCCGAUUAGUAGUGCGUGGACACGAGGCCGUUACAACUAGUUGCCAUAUUGCUUUAGGUCUGUCACCAUUCCAGUGUUCUGUGUGAACAGUGGCAGUUUCCUUUCAGCCAGUGCACUGUGUGUUCUGUCUGUCAUGCUCUCAAACGUGAGAAAGAAAAGAAGAAACUUCUUCAGCUAUUCAUAUUUAAAAGUUGCCACGUGUUUACAAACUAAUAGUUGAGUUAAUGCAUUUGAAUUCAAUGCAGGAAAGUUUCUUAUGUAAAGAGAACAGAAACUGUAUAGUGGCCUACUACAUGCUUUAACUGUCCAAAAUCAACUCUAGUACCUUUUAAACAAGGUGGUGUUUUCAUGUAAUCAUGCACUGUUCAGUUUCUGCUUCUCCUGCUGGACCAGCCACUGUUUUUGAUACUGUUUAGACUAGACCGUGAAGUCUUGUCUCAUAGAUGCAUAUGUGCAAUUCACAUCUGACACAUCAAUGUUUAUUACUAGUUUUGUGUCAGACCGCGGAUUUGUUUUUCAUUAUAGCCGUUAUAGCUGUUUUCUUUCCAUAUACGUUUUUACAUCCGCAGAGUUUAUCCAGCCUAACAUGUCUUAAUAAGGGAUUAUUCAAAUAAGAAUGUUAAUCAUAUUUUCUUGUAUCUUUUGCACCUAGUGGAGAAGCAGACUAGAAAAUCAAGAGUGGUAUUUCUAUGUAUAUUGGACAUUCAAGUAAAAGAUAUGGGGAGUAAUAUAUUAGUCGUAUUAAGCCCAGAAUGAUUUAUUAAAUAUAGUAUGAAUUUAAUAUAAUCUAAUUGUCUGAGAUGUGUGUCUGAUGUCAUAGUAGAUUUGGGACAAUUCAUGUAACAUAAAUAGUAUGUUGCAAUAUUGGUGCAAACCAAAUAAAACCUAGUCCCGUAAUGUCUGGAAUAGGGCUGCACAACGGUUUAUUGAAAUACCAGUAUGACUGGUUGCAAUUUCCAAAUUGCCUUUUGCACAAUAUUUGUACGAACUAAAUCUGUCUCAAAAAAAUAUUUCAUUGGUUUGGUACAGAGCCCCCCGAAACAUUACGCCAUCGUAACACAUUUCUUUUCAGCAAAAAUGAGAAUGAUGAUGUAAAAAAAAUCACUUCCACUAAUAUUCCAAAUUCAAUAUCGGUCAAACCGCAUUUGGGUUCAUUUUUCAAAAUUGUGCAGCCCUAAUUAUGGAUAAAUAAUACAGAAAUAUAAGAGUGGGGGUUUUGUGUGCGCGGUCAAACACAGUGAACAACAAAGAACACACUGAAUUUUGUCUGAGUCUUUGUCUCAUCAACACGACUUUACACACUGUACAACCCUUUCUCUGAUCCCUCUACAUUUAAAGUUUUGACAUUGUCCCUUUUCUUACACGUUUUGUAUGGAAACAUUUCAUUUAUUUUACUCUGGAAAUAAAUUAUUUUUCAGAAAAAUUCUAA